AUGGUGUGGUGGUCGGACCCCGCCAAGGAGGUCUUGAACAUCGUGUUCAAUCGCCUCCUCGCCCCAUAUGUCGAGAAUCUGGACAUGGGACAGGUCAGCUAUGGAAUCGGGCAAGGUCGUGUAACCUUGAGGAAUCUGCGGCUGAAGAAAGGCGCUCUCGACAAGUUCAGACUGCCAGUCGAUGUGAUCGAAGGUCACCUCGGAAAGUUCACGCUCUCCCUGCACUGGAUGAAUCUUGGGAAUCAACCAGUGGAAGUCUUGGUCGAAGAUGUAUACCUGCUUGUUGUGCCCUCUGCCGAAUCCACGUAUGAUCCGGAAGAAGAAGAGAAGAGGAAACAAGCGGCGAAAAUGGAGCGUCUCGAGAAUGCUGAACUAUUGCAUGUGCGUGGCCAAUCAGACCCACAAGGCUUGAUCGAAUCGCUCAUUACCAAAAUUGUGAAUAACCUCCAGGUAUCCGUGAAGAACAUCCAUAUGCGAUAUGAGGACAAAAUGAGUGUUCCUGGACAUCCUUUUGCUACUGGUUUGACGUUGGCUGGAUUUACUGCCGUAUCUGUCAAUGAGCUAUGGGAGCCCGCGUUCAUUGAUAGCAAGGCUGGCGCGAUUCAUAAGCUAGCCAAGCUCGAAUCUCUAGCACUCUAUUUCGAUACCGAUGCAGGGAGCAUGGCAGGACUUUCUCAUGCGGAUUUCAUUCAAAGAUUUACUGAACAGGGAAGCAUCUCGCAAGGGGACUACAUGCCGAACCAUCAGUUCAUUCUCAAGCCUGUGACAGGGGAAGGGAGGAUUAUGAUGAAUCACGAACUGACGAAAGACACGCCACGUUUCGAUGUUCAGCUGUUCUUCAACGAAAUCGGUGUGCUUUUGGAUGACAACCAAUAUCGGGAUGCCAUCUCGCUGGUCGACAUGUAUCAUUUUUACAUGCGGCAGCAUCAGUAUCAGAGAUACCGCCCGUCUACCGAGGAGUUCGAGCAAAAUCGACCAAGAGCAUUAAUCCGCUUUGCCGGACGGGCCAUUCUAGAUGAGGUACAUGAACGUCGAAGGAGGUGGGCUUGGGCAUAUUUCGCCGAACGACGUGACGAUCGCCAUCGAUAUCUCGAGUUGUUCAAGAAGAAACAGCUCAAUCCUCUUUCAGAUCCGGAGGCGGCUGAACUUACGUCUCUUGAAGAGAAGCUCUCUUAUGAGGACCUCCGGUUCUAUCGCUCUAUCGCGCGCUCGCAGCUGCGCAAAGAUAUGGCGUCACGGAAGAAGGUGGAAGAAGAGAACAAGCAGAAGCAGGAGGUUCAGGCUCGCACGAGCUGGUCCAGCUGGCUGUGGGGCUCUUCCAGCUCUUCUGAUACGACAGAAUCAAAGCUGGAAGAUUCCAUGUUCACCGGAGAAAUGACGGAUGAGCAACGCAGAGAACUGUACGAGGUCCUCGACUACGAUGAGAAGGCUGCUAUCGCGGAAUCCCUGGAAGUGCCGCGUGACGCUCUCAAGACACGUGUCGUUGCACAGCUUGAUCGGGGAUCGUUUGCGUUGAAGAUGGAUCCGCAUGGACGCGAUGCGGAAAUCACAUCUAUCGUGUCCGAUGUAUUCCAGGUCACCUUCAUCGAAAGGCCAGAUAACUUUGAGACGUCGGUGUCGCUUGGAGGUUUUGCGGUCUAUGAUGGCACGACGAAGAGCACGCUGUACAAACAGAUAGUGCACGUGCAGGAGAGGCAGGGCGGUGGCGAUGUGGUGAAGACCCAAGCAAUUCGUGAAGGGGAAAAGAUCACAGAAAUGGUUGACCCUUUCUUCUACCUCAAAUUCGAGCAGAAUCCGCUUGAUGAACGAGCCGAUAGUGCACUGCAGGUGAAGAUGCGCUACAUGGAGAUCGUCUACCACAGAGGCUAUGUCGAAGCGAUAUACAAGUUCUUCAAGCCGCCUUCUAGUCAGUUGGAGUCGGUUGAGGCGCUCUUGGAUGUAGCGAGUCAAACCCUGGAAGGUCUACGGAAAGAGACACGAGCGGGGCUCGAGUAUGCGCUGCAGACGCAUAAAACUCUUGAUGUACACAUGGACCUAAAUGCACCCAUCAUCAUCAUACCCGAGGACAUCACGACGCACGAGUGCAAGCAUCUUGUGAUUGACGCCGGACACAUUGCCAUCGAGAGCCAGUUAGGCAACAAGGACGCUAUUAAGGAAAUCCAAGCGAAGCGCAAGCAGGAAUACACCGAGGAGGACUACAAGCGUUUGGAAUCAAUGAUGUACGACCGACUGUCAGUGCGACUCAAGGAUACUCAGUUCCUCGUUGGCAAUGAUCUUCAAUCAUGCAUGGAUGCGUUGACAUCUGAAGGACACGACAAUUUGCAUCUAUUGGAGCGCAUAACGCUCGAUCUGCAAGUCCAGAACUCCAUAGUGCCGACUGCCUACAACCUCUCCCGUUUCAAAAUCUCGGGACAUCUGCCUAGCCUGCAGGUCAACCUGUCCGAUACGAAGUACAAAUCUCUUAUGCGGCUGAUUGACGUUACUGUCCCGAAUUUCGAUGGUGAUGAGGACAAGGCAGUCGCACGUCCGACACUCGGUCCUCAUGUAUCGGGCGCGUUCAGGCUGCCGUCAGGGCUAUUUGACUCCGGCAAGGCCGAAUACAGUGUAGAUGAUGGACAAAGUGAGACUGCAUCCGUUGCUAGCGAUGAUCAUGAAGAUGAAGAGGAGGAGUUCUUUGAUGCUGGAGAGACUAUCACAAGUCAGGCUUCCGCGCUGCAUCAACAUCUCGUGGAGUUCAAUUUCCAGGUAGAUGUUCUACGGGCAUCUCUCUACAAAUCUACCGUGGAUGGCGGAGAGAGAGCCAUGGGCGAUGUCGCUUUCGAGCGGUUUGCCCUUGCCUUUUCUAUGGCCAAGUAUGUUAUGACUGUCGAUAUCAACUUGAGCUCGGUAUCCAUGAACGUUUUCCAGCCCGGCAAGGAACCAAUGGAAUGCAUUUCCUCGGCUGGGGAGAGCAACAACGAGGACCUCUUGAUAGUCAAGUAUAACAGGGUCCAGCCUUUGUCCCCGGAAUAUCAGUCGAGAUACCAAGGCAUCGAUCAGAACGUCGACGUGAAAUUCACCACUUUCAUUUUCCGUGCUGCUCCAGAACCAGUGCUUUCUCUGUACGAAUUCAUCAUGACUACGUUUGUGCCGGAUAGGACGAAUACUACCCCGAAGCCUUCGCCAGAUGUAGCUGCUGCUGAUACAGCGAUCCUCAUCGGGCAGAAGGCAGCAAACGACAGCGUUUCAGACAAGAUCAAAGUGGUCCUCAAGUUAGCCGGAAUCCAAGUCAUCCUCAUCAACAACGAUAUCAGACUCGCCACGCUCUCACUGUCGACGGCAGAUGUUUCGAUUUUUUUGCGCGCAAAUACCAUGCACAUCGGGGGCAGACUAGGCAGUCUGGACCUGUGCGACGACUCUCCCAUAGAGACUUCCCUCCCGGCGUUCAAGCAAAUUCUCUCAAUUGAGGGAGAUAACUUUGCGGAAUUCCAGUAUCAGACCUUCGACCCAGCGGAUAAGAUUAAUUCCAAGGGUGCCAUGUCAGCUGUAUCCCUCAAGGCCGGAUCGUUGAAAAUGCACUACUUGGAGCAGUCCCUGCACGAUAUCUAUCUCUUCGUCACGAAACUUGCUAAGCUCAAAGGGUUGUAUGAUGCAGCUGCCGAGGCUGCGGCGCAGAGGGCGUCAGAGAUUGAACGCAUGCAGUUCGACGUGUCGAUCAAGACCCCCAUAGUUAUUUUCCCAUCUGAUGCUCGUCAAUCGCAGGAUGUGCUCACAUUGCGUCUUGGCGAAUUCAAAGCCAGUAAUAGAUAUGAGGGCGUCGCCGCCCACACCGCAGCUACUCUUCAUGGAAUACAGCUUGCAUCGACGAUAUACUACCAAGGGAACGAGUCCUUCGCACUCAAGCUUGUCGAUGACAUCGACAUCGAUGCAAACGUCAUUCAGAUUAGCGGGAUUGAUCGCUCAAAGAGUAUCGACCAGCCAGAUACCCAGGCAUACAUAUCCGACGUCCGUUUGCAUUUGACUCAAACGCAGUACAGUCUGCUCAUAAUGCUAUCCGAGUCCAUUCCUAGGGUGUUGGCCGGUGCGCCCGAAGGCGAUGCGCAAGCUACCGAAGUCUCCGCUGUAUCGCCUCAGACCUCAAGCGCGCAGAUAGCUUCUCCGUCGACACCGAUGGUAGACUUGCAACCAGAAUUGCGACCGAAGGAGAUGCCUGGUAAUUUGCGCAGCUGGACUUCGCUGGAUCUAGUUGUCACGGUUGACGCUGUCAAGCUACAUCUGUACGAUGAUUCAGCGAUCAUGGAGUCCAGCCUCAAAGAACACGGGAUAGUGCGAUUUGCCUUGAAUCACAAUAGUCUGCGGAUGAAGCUUCUGGCAGAUGGAGCUAUUGAAGUGCAACUGAUAUUCAAAUCAUUGACGAUGAACAAUACACGACCUGGCAACUCCAAGUUUCGGGAGAUCAUACCGGCCGCGAAGCAUGAACGCAAUCAAGUAAUGCUCUUAUACACGAAGUCUCAUACGGACGAUUCUGCCCUAGCGGUCGUGACAAUAGAUUCGCCUAAGGUCAUCUUUGCCGUCGAUCCCGUCAUUGCAUUGUUGUCAUUUUUCACAAGCCCAUUCUCAGCUGACCUUACACCCCAGUCCGAUAUUGCUAGUAAUCGCUCGGAUGGUACAGGUCGAAACGAUACGCCGUCCUCUCAGAUAGGUUUCCGCCUCGACCUCCAUGAUGUCUCCAUUAGCGUGCUGCAAGAUGAUUCCGACCCAGAGUCGCAGGCCAUCCGUCUAAGCGUCAAACAGAUCCUCCUCUCACAACAGGGUAUACUUGCUCUCAGUGUAGACCAUCUUGGAAUGUCGCUUACACGUAUGGGCCGCGAGACCUCGGAGAGUGUGCGCUUUCUGGAUGAUGUGGACCUGACACUAUCGAUGGACAGUCGAUCGAAUUCAUCUCACCAAAUGACGAGCAUACAAAUUUCGGUCAAACCGAUCAUCUUUCGUUCUUCGUAUCGCGACAUCGACUUGAUCAUGACCAUCGUUAACCGGGCUCUCGAGUUGUAUGCCCAGUCAGCGGCGUCAUCUCAGCAGAUCUCUCCUAGUCGAGAACAUUCACAGUCAACUCCGGCGAAACGACCCUCGCUUGGAACGUCUCCUCGGAAAGCCUCAAGAACUGGAAGCUCUCAUGUGAAGGCUAUCGGUCAAUCCCAUGUUUCCUUUCUCACGCAGUUCAAUGGAUCCUUUGACGGUUUGCGUUUGGUACUGAUCGGAGAUCUUCAUGAGCAACCGUUGCUACAUAUCAAAGUGAAGCCAUUCAUUCUUGGUGCCAAAGAUUGGUCCGGAGAAUUACAUGCAACGUCGACUCUAGGGAUUCAUAUAAGUUACUGGAACAUAUCUAACUCUCAUUGGGAGCCGCUGAUUGAUCCAUGGACGUUCACGGUAUCGAUCACGAAGACUUCUGUGCCGGAUGGCAUGGAAUCCAGCAUAUCCUCGCGUGACCGCCUGGAUAUCAACGUGACGACGACAUUCGUCGAGCUUGCUAUCUCGACAAUGAAGAUGCUCGGCCAGGAGGGAGCAAGUGUCCUUCGUAAAGCUCGAGGAAGCUAUGCACCCUAUCGAAUAUUCAAUCGCACUGGGUCUUCGAUCUUCGUCUGGUCGGAUGUUGACGGCAGCACCCAUGUCAAGGAGACGACUUCCAAGCAGAUCACUAGUGGCAAGAUGGCGGACUGGAGAUUUGACGAUUGGAAGACCAUGCGCGAGCAUGUGACCUCCAGCGGGCAUAACAGCAUAGGCCUGCAAUUCAUCGGCAAGCCAUGGGAGCCUCUGCGAAGUAUUCCUCUAGAUAGAGAAGGCGAAUUUACAUUCUCUUUGAGGCCUCGAACUGACAAGUAUGCGCAUCGAUUACUUGUGGAGGUUCGAGUUCAGGGCAACGUCAAGGUGGUCACGCUUCGGUCCAUAUACAGAGUCGUGAACGAUACGUUAUAUCCAUUGGAGUUGACCUUAGUGGACGAGGCUGGACAGCCGGUCCAUUCUGUAGAGAAAAUCGCACCAGGGCAAGACUAUGCACUUCCCAUCGAGGCAGUCAACAGAGAUAGGAUACGCGUGCAGCCUGAUCGUGGAUUCGGGUAUAAGUGGUCACACGCCGUCCGAUGGGAGGACCUUGUGGCUAAGCGCGAUCUGACUCUGAAGUGUCCACACACGGAACCAAACGAAUCUGCAUUCCGCUUCCAAGUGUGGGUUGAGACUAAUGCUACCGAACUCACUACACGUAAAAUCCCAAAGAUCACGGUGAGAUUACGUGCUCCCAUCGAAUUGGAGAAUCUCUUGCCGUAUAAUAUCGAAUAUCGCAUCUAUGACAAAGACACGGAUCAAAACUGGCGAAGCUAUCUCCGAAUGGGUGGCGUGAUGCCUGUGCAUUCGGUGGAGCUGGGACAUCUCAUAUUGUUGAAUAUUCUGGUUCAGGAGACGCCGUUCAAGCAAAGCGAUUUCGCCAUUAUCAACACCGACGGUAGCUCAGACUUCGAUAUCGAGCAUCGUCUUGUUCUGAGGGAUGCAAGAGAUCGCAAACUCGAACUGAGAUUGAAUUACGUGCGUCAUGUCGAUGGUGGUAGUUCUUUCAAAGUUCAGAUAUACUGCCCGUAUUUGGUGAUCAACAAGACGUCCUUGCCAUUUGCUGUACGGCCAGGAAUGUCCAAUCGCAUCGCCUCGUCGCAAGAAAUGGCGGGCGAAACACGACGAGAAAUACUUGCCAAACCAAUACCAUUCAUGCUCUCUCACCCGAACGACCAAGGAAAAGAUUUCGCCUUCAGAAUAGGCGACUCAGUGUGGUCUUCUGUCGUAACUCUUGAUGCCCCCGCUGCCGACACACGGCUAGCCGUACCUUCGCAGGUUCAAAGAUCAGAGGAAAUCCAUAUCGGACUUUCGUGGUCGGAGGGACUCGGAAAGUAUAAACUAACCAAAGUGAUCACCCUUGCUCCGAGAUUCAUCAUCAAGAACAACUUCUCGCGAGCCAUCGCGUUCCGCGAGCACGGGGUCGCACCGCGGGGACGUUCCACUCUAGAUCCUGGGGAACGCUGCUCUCUCCAAUUCAUACGUACUGGCGAAGAAAAGCUUUUAACUAUAGCACUCCCAGGUCUGAAUGCGCAAUGGUCUGCACCUAUUAACAUGGAAGACAUUGGUUCAGUACACUUCCGUCUGUACGGAACCGGAGAAAGUGGUGUGGCCCAGUUGAUGAGAGCAGACGUGAAGAUCGAGGGAUCGACAAUCUUCAUCUUCAUUUUCGAAGCGACUGAAGGAUGGCCUUUCACGAUUGAAAACGAUAGUGACUUCACAUUCACGUUCUACCAGUCGGAUCAAACGCGUUCCAAUAUCGAUGCUCCACCAACGUCGGUGUCAAGGUAUAAUCUCCCGAAGCAAUCAAGAGUCGACUAUGCAUGGGACUAUCCAGCUGCGAGGGACAAACGAAUUGUACUCGCAGUUAAUGACUUCAGACGCGCUGUUGAUGUCAUGGAGAUUGGUGAUCUUGUGCCUUUCAGAUUCUCAGAGCGCCAGAGCGUGCGAGCAGUGUCAUUGGAUGUUCGGGCAGAUGGUCACAAACAAAUCUUGCGGAUUACGAACUACAACCCAGAGCAGAGCCUAUAUCGACCAAAGCGCAGCACUUCUGUAUCCUUGAAUAGGCAAGAUACUGUAAGCGGCAGCCAGGAUGCCUUCGAAGCUGUUCAAGCGGACACGCACCCCUCUCUCAUUGUCACCGUGGAUAUGGAAGGUGUUGGCAUAUCCCUCAUCAAUCGUAGGAUGACGGAGGUUGCCUACCUGUCGGCGAAUGCUCUUAAAUUCGAAUACACAGACAGCGCUAUGUCACAAGCGGUCAAUUUAUCCUGUGGCAUUCUACAGAUAGACAGUCAGCUGCAUGAUGCCUUGUUCCCUGUGGUUCUCCAGCCCACACCUAUUUCGCAAGAAUCUAUCGGUGUCGCGUCUCUUCCAACCGUUCAAGGCUCGGUGAUCUGGCUCAAAGAUCAAGCACAUGGGGUGUUUUUCGUGAAGUACUGUUCAAUCCUUUUGCAAGCGUUGACUAUAGAGGCGGACGAGGGCUUCCUAUGGGCUGUGCUCGAUUUGACCAAGAUUAAAGGAGCAUCUUGGGAUGAGGGGCAGCAGGACGUUCUCAUCCAACACCCCGAAGAGAUUCCGGAACCUCAUGAGUUCUCGGAUGGACAAGACCUAUAUUUUGAGGUGCUGGAGUUGCAACCGAUCCGUCUCUCCAUCUCCUUCAUGCUUACCGGAAAGGUCAGCAAUGAAGACACACUGAGUCUACGCAAUCCACUCGCCGUCGUCGUGAACGCCAUCGUAAUGACGGUUGGCAAUGUCAACGAUGCUGCCCUUGAGAUGAAUGCGCUUGCAAUCAAAGACAUGCGCCUUACCUUACCGGAUUUACAGGGCAGAAUCAUGCAUCAUUAUCAACAGGAGAUUCUACGACAGCUGUAUCGGAUACUAGGAUCAGCAGACUUUAUUGGUAAUCCGGUUGGAUUGUUCAACAAUGUCAGCUCUGGAGUGGCGGACAUUUUCUACGAGCCCUUCAAUGGCGCUGUAAUGCACGGUAAUUCCGAGCUGGGUGUUGGUAUUGCCAAGGGUGCAGCGAGCUUUGUCAAGAAGACUGUUUUCGGAUUCUCCGAUAGCAUGACCAAAUUUACCAGUAGCGUCGGCAAAGGGCUAUCCGCGACUACCUUUGAUCCUGAGUUCCAGCUUCGUCGACGGAUGAAUCAGAGACGGAAUAGACCUCGCCAUGCAAUCUACGGUGUUACCGCGGGCGCAGAUGCCUUCGCGACCAGCAUCGCUAGUGGCAUAGAAGGGAUGGUCACCAAACCUUUGGAGGGUGCCGAAUCCGAAGGAGCAAAGGGAUUCUUUAAAGGGGUCGGAAAGGGCCUGAUAGGCGCUGUCACGAAGCCCGUCGUAGGCGCGUUCGAUCUUGUUGCCAAUUUGAGUGAAGGUAUCCGCAACACCACCACUGUCUUCGACGUUCCUGCGCGCGAUCGUGUCAGACUUCCGCGUCUGACCCCGGCUGAUGGCGUUCUUGUUCCGUACUCAAACCGUGAGGCCCUCGGCCAAUUUUGGAUGAAGGACCUCAAUGAGGGGGCUUAUCGUGAUGAGCUCUAUGUCGCUCACAUCAAUCUACCAGGAGGUGACAAUGUGGUGCUCCUAACCGCUUCAAGAGCGCUAUCAUUUUGGUCGAACAAGUUGCGCCUGGACUGGGAUCUUCCUUUAACUCUCGUCCAGGGGGUCACAAUUGAAGAUACGGGCAUCCGAUUUGCACAUAAAUCCGGAAAAGACCAUGACAAAUUCGUGUGCAUUCCUGACAAGAACACGCAGACGUGGUUCUUUGGUCAAGUCGCAGCAGUCGUCAAGGUCUUCAAUGCUCGACGGCGUAUGGACUCAUAA